AUGAAGCUAUCAAACACCUUCAUCACUUUGUCCAUUGGCCUAGUUGCGGCUGGGCCACUGGCGAUCCGCAACCCUCAGAAGUCCGGCAUUCCAUUUGGAGCAAACGGUCUUCUCGGCCGAGCUGGAGCAAAUGGUUCUCCUCAGGCUCCCAAUUGCGGCGCAGGCAAGGUCCUUCUCGAUGGCGAAUGCGUCAAUCAAAGCCAAAGCCCUGAGCCAUCUUGUGAUUGCUCCAAGCCUUUUAGGUCCCUUGGCAGCGGUGGCUUUUGCGACGAUGGCUAUGAAAAUACAUCAUUUUUCUUUGGUGCUGGAAAAGAUUGCACUCAGCUCAACUGUCCUGAAGAAGAAUUCAACACUCAAUGCGACGCCAAGCUCCAAGAUGCAAAGCCUGCAGCUGUGGCGGAAUCGCCUACGCCAACAGCCGCAAAUGAGCAGAAGACAUGUGAUUGCUAUAAGCCUUUCCAAGUCCCUGCGUUUGACGGUGAUAGCUGCCGGGCUGGCUAUGAGGACAUCGCAUUUAUCUCGAUUCCUGAAUGCGUUCAAAUCGGCUGCUCUGCUCAGGACUACAAAGCUCAAUGCGACGCCAAGCCCCAAGUUGCCGAUGAGUCAAGUGAUGAUUGCCCCCCCGCCGUCUGCAGCAGAAUUCCUGGCUGCGAACACAUCGCAGCUGCCAAUGGCUGCCAGGUUUGCCCUCCUGGCUGUGCACUCGGCGGCGCGCCCAUUGAGGAAGCCGCUGAAGCCGAUGAUGAGCCAAACGAUGGCUGCCCCCUCCCCAGAGAGAAGAAGAAGAAGAAGAAGAAGAAGAAGAAGAAGAAGAAGAAGAAGAAGAAGAAGAAGAAGAAGAAGAAGAAGAAGAAGAAGAAGAAGAAGAAACGCAGUUCACAAGGCAAAUAA